ACCGGUGGAACUACAGUCGGUUUUCUUAUUAACUCAUUCACAAAGAUUCAAUUAAAAUUAUGUCAGAUUUACAAGCAAAAUACCAGCGGCUUGCGUCCGAGUAUUCUAAGUUAAAAGCACAAGUUCCAGUUCUGAAGAAGGCUGUGGUUGAUGAACAAGCACUUCAAGAGAAGUUGAAGGUGAACAUUAAGGAAAAAGACCAGUCAGUGCGCAAAUAUGAACAAGAAGUUGAUAGUUUAACAUUUCGAAAUCAACAAUUAGCAAAACGGGUCCUCUUUUUACAAGAAGAACUUGAACAAGUGUCUACAACCAAGAAAAAAAAUAAGACUAAAGUUGGAGGUGGUGCUGCAGAUUUGCCCACACCAAACUCAGAGGUAACAUUUUCACAUUAUCUGGAAAAUAGUGUUAUUGGUGAAGAAUUACAGAGCAAAAUUGAAGAGAAUGCACGUCUUCAUAAGCAGGUAUUUGAAACCCAGCAAGAAUAUGACAGCCAGCUACACAAAUUACAAGAACAACUCUCAAAGUAUGAAAAGGAAUCUAGCCAACACCAUGAAGUUCUGUCUCUCACAGUUCAGAAAGGAAAAUCUGAAGUUGAAAAACUACAACAGGAUAAAGCGAUGAUGGAGGUGAAAAUUCAAACUCAGCAGGGACAAAUUCGGGAAUAUAAACAUCAAGCUGAAAGAAUUGAAGACCAUCUCCGUGAUGUUCAAAAACAUUUAACUCUGAAACUUAGUAAUGCCACCAAAGUCAUAGAAAGUAACCUUCCAUUCAUUGACUCAAGUAUAGCAGACUACAACAGCCUAAAUUUACCAACGCAUGAUAGAAAAUACCAACUGCGAGCCCGUGAACUGAUGUCUCAAGCUGUUAACAUUGUCAGUGCCUUUGCUCAGGCCUUUGCAAACUUCUGCUCUUAUUCAGAACAACGAGCUCGCAGUAUAUCUACAAUGGAGUCACAUGAUCACCCGCUUUCGGUUAUCAAUAAAAAGUAUGCUCACUUUCUGUUUGAAAGUGCUCCAUAUUUUAAAAAACUGGAGAAAACUCUCAAAGAAUUCAAUGAAGAGGUUGGAGAAAAUUGUUUUACAACAUUGGAAACUGCUGUCGGCCUACAGCCUUUUGCCAAAGCAUUCCACUUAGCUGCUGCUUAUUUGAAUAAACUGCUACCAUACCAACAAGAAAGUCUUCACCAAGAAUGUGCCCUGUCGACAUGUACUUCGAUGUUAGAAGCUAAAAACAAAGACUUAAGUCAGUCUUACCAGAAACUAAAUGCUGUGAUAAACAGACUUGAUACUUAUAUCAAUAUAUUGGGAGCUCAGAGUCAUAAAUCCUAUUCCCAUUGUAAGAGAAACCACAAGAGGUUCUUUUCAGAACUAACUACAUCAGUAACUUACCUACAUGAAGCUAUCAAAGAUGUUUCCAAACACUUUAAUUCCAAGAUAUCCAUGGAGCAUCAACUUCCAACAGCUUCACAGUCUCUGAAGACUUCUGAUGAAUGUAUUGUUUCAUCACUAGUCUCUCUCGUCACAUCCACAGGCAAACUGUCAGCGUUUUUAUCUGGAAACCAAGACUUCUUUGCCCAACGAGUAAGCUAUCGCCUGAGAGGCAGUAGCACUAGUGAUGCAACCCAACAUCAAGAGGAUCACACAAACCCAAUUGUGGCCUUGUACCGUGAGCGAGCUGUUAAAUACCUGGAGAGUAUACAAAGUGCUCAACCUGAAAGUGUCCCCCAUAGAAUGGCCAUACAAAACAGAAAGGUGCUUCUCAGUUCAACAGAAAGUAAAGAAAGUCUUUUGAAACAGUUGCAAACUUUCCAACAAAAAGUAAGUAAACUGGAACAACAGAAGGAACAUUACAUGCUUGAACUGCAGCUUCUGAAAAUGAAAUAUGAAAAUGAAAUCCAAAAAGUGAAACAACUUGAGAAACUUCUGGAAGAUCCACAAAAGCUAUCAGGUCGUUCAUCUGUGUUAAGCCAUGUUAUGGGGGAGACUUCUGCGGCUAACACUGUCACUGGUGGUGAAAGUGAGCACUUUGAUUCCAGUACCCAGGUAACAUGCCCCUUGCUUGUAAUCGGCCUUAUUAAACCCUAUCAGUUCUACUCUAAUCGACCUUUACAGGGCGAACCUCCAAUUUUUGUGGACGACUACCUCCGUCAAUGCCCGAUUAACUAA